CUCGCCCUCGUCGCCGCCACCCUGGGCCUGGAGCGGACUCGCGGCUGCAGCUGUUCCCGGACUGGCAGCCGGGCGCUCGGCCGCCGCGUCUAGGGCUGAGCGCCGCGACGCGGCCGCUUGUCCCGAAAUCCUCCCGGAUCUUAAGGCGUAUGGAACCUCAAGGUCUUUGAGAUAAUGGAAACCAAAAAAUUGAUUGGUAAACCACUUCAACCAGCAAGACCUGUUCGUCAUCUGACUUCUCCCCCUGGAACAGUAUUCCCUUUCAACUUCCAAAACGAAUAUCCAUGCAACACCCAGUACUUACAAAGUGGAGUUAGCAGAUGUAAGACGAAUGGAUUGCAAGCCUUUUCUCAAGGUCUUAAUGAACAACAUCAGUCUCCAGUUAAAAAAGAGAGAAUCAAAUACAGCAGAGAUUUCCUGUUGAAGCUCUCAAGUGUUUCCAUCUGCAGAAAAAAACCAGACUUUCUGCCUGAUCAUCCCAUUGUACUUCAAAAACCAGAAAACAACCAAAGCUUUAAGUAGCAUUUUAAGAACGUAUGUAUUUGAAGAUAAAGAAUUACUAAUUUUAUAUUUUGGACACCUGCAAAUGAAGUGGAUCUAGUAACAAUAACUGUAAUGGACUGUAACAAUUCAACUUAUUUUUAAUUUUGAUGGUUAGAUAUUUGGUUUCUUCUAAAAUGAGAAAGAGAUAUUUUAAACAAUAAAGAAUUUUCUAAUCAGUUUCAGCUUUGCAGGCAGUUUCUUGCAUAAAUUGGGAAGUAACACUGGAAAGUAGGAAUUUGGUUAGUGAAAUGGGAAGACUGUAUUUAUAAUUUGCAUGCUACCUGCAAUUUUUGUUUUUCAUCACUUGUAAUAAUGGAAUGGAAAUGUAAGCUGUAAGGAUUCUCAAAUAUAAAGUAUAUGCUACGAUGUAUAUAUGGUACAUAAUUUUUUGUUGCUUUUAAAGUUGCUUUUGUUCUGUUUCCCACUGAUUUCAUACCAGCACUUGAAAGGAUCAUUACAGUCUCUCUAGAGGUUUAGAAUGAUUCAGGAAGUUCAAUGAAUAGUUCUCAGUGAUAGGAGGGAGAA